UACACCUCGUAUCCCUACCCCCUCCACCGUCCAAUUCGAUCUUGCGAUAAAAGUUAAAAAAAGAGGGAAGAUUUUCAUCCCUUCCCCUAAGCGAGUGAAUACGCAGGUGCUGUAUGCUACAUUACUACUGCUUCUUUUGAGAACGCAAACUGGAGUAGUGCCACUGAAAAGCAGAAAAUUUCCCGCGCGUUUAAGAAUAUCGGAGCCACGGGGACGUUGACAUGGCGUCAGCGGCGAAUUUCCAAAAAAUGAUAAAAAUGCUUAAGGAAGAGAGCUCCUCGGAUUCCAAGAUUCAAGCCCUAACCUCUUUGCGAAGAGCAUGUUUGGAAGAUCAAAAAAUUAUAAAGGCAUUGAAGGAUGAAGAAUUUUGCGAGCUUUGCAAUUCAGUUAUUAAUGCAAGUGUCAAAGAAGAUGAUAAAUUAUAUAUUGAGGCAUGUCGUACUCUUGAUAUUGUUUUACCAGAAACAAAAAAGAGAAAUUUUGACUUCUUCCAGUCAAUUUUACAAAUUAAUCGAAAAAAAAGACUUAAGAUACUUGUAUCUUUAAGCAUCUUAAAGGAUGAAACAAUGGCAAUAAUUGCCAAUAAAUUGUCAAUAAUAGAAUUUUUAAAUAAUAGUAUGAAAUCAAUUCAGCCAAAAUCAAUGACUUGGCUUUUGUCGGAAAAUGCAGAAAAUGUAACUGUACUGAAAAACGUGGAGAAUAGAGUUUUGAAUGAAAAUGAUGAAUACGAAGAAAAAAUUGUAGAAAAAACUCUACAGCUUCUUGGUAGAUUAUAUAAUUUGUCUGCAUUAGGAUUAAAUAUUCGACAAUUUGAUGCAAUAGUAAUGGAUAAAAUCAUAGUCAUGGGCUACCUAGGGCAUCGCAAACAGAGAACUCAAGCUCUAAUUGUCUUACAACAAGCCGUUAAAAAUCAAUUAGGCAUAAGAGUGCGAUCGGUUCAUCGAGAUAUUUGGGAAAAAUAUAAGGCAACUCUUCAAAAUAUUUAUUGCAAACGAAUGACCCUGUUGGUCAAUGCUUCUGAUCAAGAUUGGGCUACACAAUGGGAAACAAGUAUUACUUUCAUUGGCACUGAUCUUCAUAGAGGUUCUGGCUUAGUAAAUAGUCUCCUAAAGGUCGAAGAACUUGCUUUUAAGUCAGCCGAUCCAAAUCGAAGGCAAGCUUUUCUGUCUUGGAAAUUAUUGAUAGAUAAUUUUGCUUUGGAUCAACGUGAACUAGCAACAAAUCGUCGCAUAAAACUACUAUGUGUACCUUUAAAUGCUAAAAAUAGUAAAACAGAAUUAAUGGUACUUACGAAAUUGGAAGUCUGGUGGCAUUUAAUUUUCAAAGUUUAUCCCAGUAUAGCUGAGUGCACCGAUACAGUUUUGAUUCCAUUCUUAAAUUUGUGCUUUGGUCCCUUUGGUGAUAAACCACUUUUUAUUCAAAAGACUGAUAAUAAUGUUUCAUUGGGUAAAAAAUUUAUGAAAACUCAAAUUUUUGCUAUCGAUGCUUUUCAACAGCUAAUUGUGUGCAAAGAGGAUCAAAUAAAUAUAUCAUUCUCUGUUAUAAAUGAGAAGCUACCCGAUUCAGUAAAUAAUGCAGUUUUCGAGGCUAUUUAUAAAAUUUUCAUUCAUUGUUUUGGUGAAAUUGUACUUAUUUUGGGAUCGAUACCAAACGAAGAUAUUAAAAAUAAAGCAAAUAUUUGUCAAAUUUUAUGGAAUAAUUUAAUUAAACGAAUUGAGGAGUACGAUAAAAUGAAGACAUCAAUGUACAAAGAAGUUAUGAAUGUCAUUAUUGAAUUGAUAAAAAAUCGUUAUCACAAAGUAGUCUUUAUAAGAGAUUUCUUAUUCUACAUAUUAAAGCAGUUCGACGUAAUUUCUUGUAGUGUUCAUUUUACCGAGAACAUGUUAGAGGAUCUCAUACAAACAUAUUUGCAAGUGGAUAACUUUUCGUAUUUUAUCAAUGAUCAUUAUGGAUAUAUCGAAUCAUUACUUUGGCAAUUGAUUAAACCAAGAAAUUCAAAUAGAUAUUAUUUACAAACAAUUGAAUUAAUGCAAGUAAUAUUACAGGUUUUAGAGGAUGCAAAAAAAGUCAAUUCGAAUGCAGUUGGAGUGUGUAGAAUCUGGUGUAUCCUUGCUAGAAUUGCGAAGAAAUAUAUAGAAGAUUCUCAAAAUAUUAAUGAAGGCACAUUGAUAGAACAUAACUUUAAAACAAUUGAAAGUAUCAUUACUUUUCCUUUCUCCAGUAUAUUUACCGAAGAUUACGCUCAGUUAACAACUAUAGCUGAAAUAUGGAGAGAAUUGUACAAGCAAUUUGAUUUUCAAGUUGAAUUAAUUGUAUCUGUGAAACCUAAUGAGAUAUUGGAAAAAAUGUCAAAUACAAUUAUAGCAAUUUUAAAAAAAGAAAAAAGAUCUUGCAAUUUUGCAGUUAAUUGUAUAGAUGGAUUACUUAGCACUGUUAAUUACGACAAUUUACCUAAUGAUAAAAUGAUUCCAGCAUUUGUUCAAUUAUUAAAGGAACUGACCUUACAAUGUUUUCUGAAUAAGAGUUUCGUUACAGAAAAAAUUCUUAAGGCUUUGUCUGCCUUUCUUUUAAGAGUUUUCAGUCAUAGUAUAGAGAAAACCGGUGUCUACUUAAAGACUAUCGAGCCUGUCGUAAAAUACAUGCUCGAAAAUGUUGAUGACAAUAGCUUAGAACGUGAAAUAUCGACCAUGUGGAGUACCAUUGUCGGACUUUUUAAGAAAUUACAAAAAUCUCUAAAUUUUGAACUACUCAGUUGUUAUCGACAAACUAUAGUUCUUGCCAUGCUUCAUCUUAAUAUGGACAUAUCCUCCAUGGCCUUUUCCAUUCUGGAUAUGAAAGACAGUGUCGAUGAUAAAUCUAAGAAGGUUUUGGAAGAUAUAAUGAAUGAACUUGAAGAGACGUCGGUUAAGAAUAAUUUUGACAUAGUUGAAAUACAAGAAAAGUCAAAAAAGGCGAAAAAUACACGUGUUAAACAAGUUGGAAGUUUCUUGAAUCGCAAAUCAACGAGUCCAUCUAGUACUGUAUCCAUUGUGCAGAAUGGAAAAGAAAAUGUACAGAAGAUUAAAGUUGUUAAUAUUGAACCCGAUUCACAGGAUUUUGUUGUAAUAAAUACAAAUAUAAAAUUAGAUGUCGAACGCUUAACAGAGCAUCAAAAAGAAAUGCUUAAAAAACGAAGAGAUGAUAUACCGGCAAUGUAUAAUGAAUUAACUGUUUCCAACUCGCAAGAUUCGCAAGAGCUUCAACAUUGGUUUGAUGCAAAAACGGGACAAUCACCUACACGAUUGACAAACGAAACAUUAUCAAACAAUAAUGAAAUAAUGAAGAUUGUACCGACUACCUUGCAUGUGAAAAAUGCUGGACAGGGCUUAUCUGCUGAAUUGCAAAAGACCAUAAAAAAUUCUACUGCUACUUCAUCAAAGGCACAACCAAAGAAACAAUCGGCAGAUAAUGAUGUUCCGCCAGUAGAUAAUAAUUCGUGUAAAGACGAAACAAUACCGGUUGUAGCAAAAACGUUGGAUUUUGAAUCGCGCGAAGAAUUUCCUGUUUAUGCAGAGCAAAUUUCACCAUCAAUUAUAGAUAAAAUACGACGUAAAAAUGUAACAGAAGAGAGCAACCAAGCAGUCUUUUUAGAUGUUGAUCAUAAUAAGAUUCAUAAUAAGGAUAAGAUCAUACGCCCGACACGGCGAUCAUUACAGCCUCAGCAUAUCACUCUCAGAAAGUUCAAUAGCACCGAACAAUUAAAUAAACGAGGCAAAAAACGCCGAAACUCUGAGAGUAAUUCCGAGGGUACGCUUUGCAUUGAGCGAGAAAAGCGUCCACGACGCCCAGAUACACUUGAUGGACUAUCAAAUAUUAAAAUUAGUGAGGAUAAUAAGGAGCCUAGUGGGAAAAAAAUUUCGAAACGCCAAAAGAAUGAGAUGUCACGUUUGAAGAUUGAUAUGAGAUUCGAGGCUUUACCAAGCCGGCGUAGUAUUAUCAAAACGAACGAUGCUCCAACUAAUGAUAAGAAGACUGUCCAUUUAAAGGAUGAAAAGGUAAAAGAUGAUAAAACGGAAACGAAUAACCAACAAAAUCUUAUCACGAAAAAACAUCAAAAGCGUUCUGUAAAUGCCAAUAUAGUAAAAGUCAAUGAUGACGAAGCUACUAAUCAGAAAAAGGUAACAACGACACCAUUAGAAAAUAUGGAUACAAACAACAAAUUGGUUCGCAAAAUAAUGCUUGGAAAGACGGAACCAAUUGUUUCGUUUUUAAAAAAAAAUAAUGUACUGGAUGAUACGCAGGAGACUAUCGAUAUUAAGGAUACUUCAACCCUGAUAACUUGUUCCCAACAAAUUAACGAUACAACUGACGAUAGUGAUAUCCCAAUUUCAAAUGUUGAAACUGAUGAGUCCUUAAUGACAGAUUUGAAAUCUUCUCAAGAUUCAGAUAUUAUAGAAAGUUCUCAAGAGCCGAGUUUGAAUUCAAAAAUGGAUAAAGUCGAGUGUUUUAUAAAAAUUAAAAAAGUUGAAUUGGCACAGUCGGAAAUGAAUUCGGACGAAGAAUUAGAAAAAGAGACGAAAAUUAUUCAAGAAACACCAGCUGAUCUUAAUGAAACGUCAGUCAUACCGGCAACACUUGAUCCUGAAAAAGUUAUCUAUGUACAAGUAGAAGUGAAGAAAGGUGAAAAUAAUCCCGCCAAACCACCAAUGCCGGCAAUCCACGCCUCAUCUCCAAAGAGCUCGAAUUCUCGUAUAUUCAGGUCGAAGGGCUUUCCGCUUCAAGGCCGAGCCGCGCAGAUGCUUGGCCUCGUAACGAAACAAUCUAUUGCUGAAAAAUUGGCCGCGGAUCCUUGUAAGAUGGAGACAGCAUUGAGUGACGAGGUAACGAUAAUACCUGUGCCCAAGAGAGAUAAGAUUCAAAAGGAAUGCGAGAGAGUCUCGAGUCCGAGUACUGGUGGUCAUCGGCAAGAAAAAAUGUUCAGCAAUAUGAAUAGCAGCUUGAGACAGGAGACGUGCUCUUCGCCAUCCAUGACAAUGUUUUGUAAUUUGAGAAACGAUGGUGAGCGCAUAUGCAUGAGGAUGGAUAAGCAAGAUUACGAUCGAGAUGCCGCGGAGAAAGAGAAGGAAACUUCACAAAAUGGUGCUAGUGGCGAUGAAUCGCCAAAUAGUAAGUCCAAAAGAGAAUUGCCACUCCUCGAGUGGUCCAACGCUAAUCCGCCUUCCUUAACUGCUUCCCCGAGCGCCAGUAUUUUAAAGAGGAUGCCGGAGAUUAGCAUUGAAACACCUAGUCGGAAAAAGAGGGUUAGCUUUGCCGAUCCCCCGGUGUCUCGAGAAAUGGGAUAUGAGAUCAUGACAGAGUCUUCGUCGCCGCCAAAACUCGAAAAGCUCCCUUCGUCUCGAAGCCCCAUCUCCCGAAAGGAAUCCAGAAAGCAUGCGAAACUGAGGCUCGUUCAAAUUACAGAUCCGGAAAAACUUGAAAAGGAAAAUGAGAUUAUCCAGCUGAGUAGUGCGGAGGAGAAGUCGAGUAAUAUUGAAAUUAACGAUGAGAUUUGUAACGAUAGUGAUAACGCUGCUUCCACCGAUCAUAAAAUUAACUUGGAAACGGUUUUAUGCGAGAUAUCAUUGGACGAAUCGAAGGUCGCUGAGAUUGACACCAACGUUCCUAAUAAUUUACCCGACGUCGAUAUAUUCAUCGAUAAUAAUAAUAUGCCAGCGAAUGACGAAAAUAUCGACGCCAUAAAAACAUCCACGCAAAACGAUCAGAAUAACUCUUCCAUUAAGCUCGAAUCCAUUAAUUUAUCUAAUAUCCUUCAUAAGUCUGAUAAUCACCAAAGCUCUUUAGAAGACACCGUCGACGUUGAAAAUAUCUCUUCCAGUCUCGAUUCAACGCCUAAUUUGUCAGAUAAGCCCGCGGGUAGCUCCUCGCAGCAAAGCGGAGAACAAGGCGAUACCCUACCUGUCACUGAUUCAAUAUUCUCAAACCUGCCGCUUACUCAAGAAACACAAAACAGUGUUGCGCAACUAAACGAGCCAGAGAGUUUAGACUCCACACUGCCGGUUUACCCUUCGCUAAUAUCCUGCGCCGAGGCCGUAGAGAACAUUAGCGCUGAACUAGUCGAUCCCUUGUUUACGAGCCAUCUAGCGAAACACUUAUCCAUCAGGUCGAUUCGAUCUGUAGGCGACUUGGCUCAGCUAACCGAGCGUGACAUAAACAGGUUACCAAUUAGAAGCCCGAAAAUACCAUCGGUAAAGAAGGCGCUAUCGAGGUAUCAGGAACGGCUACUCGAGAAGACACCGGAAAAAAGGACGACGAACGUAGUGUCGUCGAGUACGCCUUUGGGAAACAAGCGCAGGGAUAGGAUUCGAAAUGACAAUGUGUCGCUCGAGGAUCUCAUGAAGAGUAGCGGAAACAAUAGCGAUUUGGGCUCAAUCAAUGUGUCGGCUGUGUACGAUUGUAAAAGGGCAGUGAAGAGGCUAUCGAUAGAUUCCUCUAUGCAAACCAGCCCAGCAAAGAGAAUCAAGACAAACGACGAGGAAGCCUGUGCGGAGAUGAUGGAUCAGUGCGACGAAGCUUUUCUCUUUCAGGCAUUCAUCAAGCGAUUUGAUGCCGAAAGAAUCCUAAAGGGAUACAAAGAAAAAAUGAUCUAUAAAUCAGAAAAAGAAUUGAAGAAAGAUACUUUGAAUAUGCUGGGAUUGAGUAUAGAGGAUGAUAGCGAAGACAGCUUUAAAAUGUCAACGAGAAACGUAGGUCUACAAAAAGUCUUGCAGCAAUUACCAAAAAUAUUUGACGCCGAAGAUGAAUUUUUUGAUACGCUGCUGAAAACUUAUAAGAAAAAGCUUAAAGCCACGGAUGUGCUGGACGUUUUAAAACCAAGUGAUAUAAAAGAUGCAGUUACGAGUAAAUUCAAUUUAACAGAAUUAUUAAAUAUGCUGAUCAAAAGGCUUUCACUAGAAAAGGACAAUAACGAGCCGUUUCCUGACACAAGUGAUGUUGCAGUUUUAUUAGACAGAGUUUCGAUUAAAUCGAUCCUCGAUCAAGUGAGAACGAAUAAGGAAUUAAAGUCUUCGGAAACUUUAUUGAAUAUCGUCCUGAAGAAUAUUACGGAAACAUUAACAGGGAACACAAAAGAAGCACUUUUUAAAACUCUAACUAAAAAUCUCGACGUCUGCGAAUUGGCUGACAUGUACAACGAAGCUAUAAAAUUUAAAGUGCGUAAAAUGCAAGAAAAAUGAAGAUAUUGUUAAUUAAAAAUUGUAGAUUAUAAUAAUUGGAAACUUGUUACUAACAAGUUAUAAUUUGGGGCAUGCUUUCUUUUUUCUUGUUUUUGUAAGAUCGUAUAAAGACUGAUCAUGCCAUGUACGUUAGAAUUUAAGUAGUUGCCUUUGCAUUCGUUUUUAUUAUAGUUAUAAUAUCAAUUAAUAUUUUACAUUUAUCAUUAUAAAAAUACGCUCGUUGACAACCCAACUUUAUUGGUUAAUAGUUCUGUGUUUUAAUUUAAGCAAUUAGGGACGUGUAAAUAUUUUUAUGGUGAAAUCCUAUAAGCUGUAAAAUGAAGUGUAUCAAUAACUGUAGGAAGUGACUUUAAAAAUCACUUUUAAAUUGACUUUUAGGUGCAUUAAAAUGGAAAGAUUGACCGAAGAA